GUUCUCAAAAAAAAAAGUUCGAUUCCGGCGAACACAGUACAGCAGAGGGAGCGAGAGAUGGGGAAGAAGGGCAAGGCGGCGGCAAGGGAGCGCCGGGAGGAGCGGCGGCGGGAAGUCACGCUCCUCCGCGCCGUACCCUACGAGCCCCACCAGCGGUGGUGGGACGGCCUCGCGCCGGCGCGCGCCGUGGCGGUGGUGACGGGGGCCAGCCGCGGCAUCGGCUACGAGAUCUCCCGCCAGCUCGCGCGCCACGGCCUCCACGUCGUCCUCGCCUCGCGCGACGCCGCGCGGGGCAGGGACGCCGCGGAGGGGAUCCUCCGCGAGGAGGGCACGAGCGCGGAGUGGCGGCAGCUCGACGUGGCGGACGCCGCGUCGGUCGAGGCCUUCGCCGCCUGGACGGCGCGGACCCACGGCGGCAUCCAUGUCCUUAUUAACAAUGCAGGUGUAAACUUCAACAGAGGAGCAGAUAACUCUGUUGAAUUUGCAGAGCAAGUAAUUGAGACAAAUUAUUUUGGUACAAGGCGGAUGAUUGAAGCCAUGCUACCAUUACUGAAACCUUCUCCGUAUGGUGGCCGGAUAGUGAAUGUGAGCUCAAGGCUUGGCAGGGCCAAUGGCAGACGCAAUAAAAUCGGCGAUGCGAUCCUAAGAGAGCAACUAUUAACUGAUGAUUGCUUAUCUGAGGAAUUGAUUGAUGGGAUGGUCACUAAAUUCCUUGAACAAGUGAAGCAAAAUAGUUGGUCCUCCAUUGAGUGGCCUCAGAUGUACACGGACUAUUCGGUCUCAAAGUUUGCUGUUAAUGUGUAUACAAGACUCAUGGCAAGGAGGUUAUCUGACAGGUCUGAAGGCCAAAAGAUUUACAUUAACUGUUUCUGUCCUGGCUGGGUAAAGACUGCCAUGACUGAUUGGGAAGGGAACAUUUCAGCCGAAGAAGGUGCUGAUACUGGAGUGUGGCUUGCUCUGUUACCCCAGGAACAAGCAACAAUUGGAAAGUUCUAUGCUGAGAGACGCGAGAUAAGCUUCUGAGGUGAUCGGAAUGGUGGAUAUGCGAGUGGGAGUGGUACAUUUAACCAUAUGUAUUUAAUUAAAGUUUUAAACUAUGUAGGUGAUCGGAAUGGUGGAUAUGCGAGUGGGAGUGGCAUGUUCAUGAAGAGCAAUCCACAUGAUUGGCAGACUCCAGCAUGGUUUUCGAGUCGCGACUCAUGCGAGUUGCUCUGGGGCAGCGACUCGGAAGAAGUCGAGCCUGCGUUGUGACUAGUCAUGACUCAGAGUCGCGAGUCGAUACUAAGCUGAGUUGACCAUAUUUUUGCGACUCAUAGACUAGUCGUCGACUAGUCGCAACUAGUCGAGCGACUCGAAAUCCAUGGACUCCAGUCGGUCAAAGAGCAUUGAGUCUUCACACUGAUGGAAGGCCAUGCUCUCUAAUUUUGUCAAUAAAUGAUGCAGUACCAGAUGCUUUCAGACGAUACUCAGACGACGUUGCCCAUCAGACCGUUUGUUAAUUAGAUUCACGUCAAUCUCAUGGUGUAGAGUCUGCGUCGGCUGCACAUCGGCCAUACCAUGUCGUGUGUACAUCAAUUUCGUGAAGUUGCUGGAAACAGGGAAAUGUUCACCAGGCCCACCACCACUAGUCCACAACGGCAGUAAGCAGGCAUGGCAUGCUGGACUGCUGCACCGAAUAUAUGAUUAGGCUGGAUCUCAAGCAACUCCACUGUCAGAUUCUCUCAUUAUCUUCCAAGUAGAGGUGGAAUCCUUAUGACCCAAUGGAUGAGAGCGAUGCAACGCUGCCUCACCCACGCAUGCAGAAGAUCGAUAUGUUUGGGAACGAACCGGUCGGCCUACCUUGGGAAUUCUGGAGCUAUAGUCAUGGCUAGGCCGCCAUUCAUGGACCGGAGACUACAUGUCUUGCAGUAUAUUGUUCUGAUUUUGCCGCCACCUGCAUAUGUGUGGUACAUACUUUGUUAUGUUCGUGUUUGUAUGCAAUGGUUGGAUCGUGUGAUUUGCUGA